CUGUUACGAAGAUUCAAUCAGUGGACACAUGUGACCUGCUAAUUAGUAUUCACCAGCCUCUGCUUAGAGAGCCUCUUCUGUUUCUUACUGCUGUUUUAAUUCUGUUCUGUUACUAGUAUCAAAGAGCACAUCUGAAACUUUGCUUGGAAAUGCCAGCUGUAGAGGAGAAGAACAAGCAAGAUUGGUGAUGGUUUUAAACAGGUUGUGUGUAUAGUCUGGAGAGAGAUGCUUGUAGUAGACAAUGCCACCCACUCCUCUGGUAGGUGAUUCCCACCCAGUGUGUUCUCAUAGGGAUACUUCUGUGGGCUUUCAUCUGCUGCCGAGCUGUCCUCAGUAACCUGCUGAGAAACAUCCCUGUAGACAUAUGCACCUUGGCAGGACAUAGGAAAGGAGGCAGGUAUUUGGACACCUCUUAUUUGCCAGUCCUACUCUUACCAACCCUCACAGCCAGGCUGAGCAGCACCUGUUACCUCCAUUUGAGAGGUGUGGAAACAGAGGCUCAGGAAAGCUCAGCUUGCCUCAGACCAUGCAGCUGGAAAGGCAGGACAUAAUCCCUGUGGCCGGAGUGAGAACCACAUAUUUCAGCCCUAGGCUGCUGCCCAGGCUCCUGGUGUUGCUCCUGAGUCCAGCUGUAAGAGGCAUCCAGUGGAUUCUCAGGCCCUGUGGUGCCUGGGCUUCGGCAGGUGCUGGUUCAUGUGGAGCAUGUGUUAAGCACUGGUAGGGCUGUUCCUGUUCCCAGGCAGUUUAUUGUUAGGCAGACAAUACAGCAGCUGCCCUUUAACUCAAGAGAUGGAGACCAAAAGGGAAACAGGAACUGGGAGAACAGCCUCAAGGUGUGAACUCUGGCAGUCUCUGAGUGGCGAGAUAAUGGGUAUCUUUAACAGUGUUCUUAUUUUUUGCUUGUGUGUCACAUGGAAGGUGUUUGUUGAGGGUUCAGUGUGUGCCAGGCACUGUUCUAGACAGUGGCAAAGAGGCAGGCUGGGCCCUGCUCUCAGAGGGGUGGUGUGGGGGCAGGAGAGAAACAGAUAAAACAGGCAUGUAAGAAAUGUCAGAUAGAGGAGGAGCCCUGUUCCAGAAGACAGCUGGUGACAUUGAUAGAGAGUGCCUGAUGGGUUCUGAGGAGGCCAUGCGAUCUGAGUGACAAGGAGCCAGUCUAGUGACAGAUAGAGGAAGGAUGCUAGGUGGGGGAAAUGGCAGGUGGGUAGAGUGCAAGGCAGGAGCCGGUUCCGGUCAUAGGGAAAGUGAUUGGAAACGAGAGUGCAGCAUGUGAGUGACACAUAAAGAGUUAACCCCUCAGGGCCCACCUCUGGGAUGCAGGGGCUCAUCCUUUGAGCUUCAGCUGAGGUGAGCCUGCUCUUGUGGUCUCUUAAGACCCUGGCUCACCACCCAUCCCACAGUACUGCUCAGAUGAGGCUCAGCGGACAUCAACCAUCACUGCUACCAGUCUCUGCAAGUAACUACCUCCGACAUCUGCCUUGUUCCUCCCAAGCUGCUGUGGGAAGUCAGAUGUGACCUCCUGGAGGCACAGAUGGGAGGGCAGAGUGUUCGUUUCUGUGUCGGGCACAGUGCUAAGUGCUGGGUGCUCGCUGGUGAUGAGGCAGAUGAAGGUUACCAAACUUGUGAACAGGAGCCUCAUGUCACAGACGUGGACCUCACUGUAGCCUGGUCAUGGCUUCCAGCUUUUCGAAUCUGACGCUCCAAAGGAGGAAAUGACCAUUCAGGGAUCUUACUGCAGCUUGAUUACGGAAACUGAACCUUCAUAGGGUGCGCACUUACCAAGGACAGGAAAGUUUCUCUCUUUGAAGGGCUUUAAACUUGUAACAAAGAAAAUAAAAAUGACGACUUCGUCUAUCAGACGGCAGAUGAAAAACAUUGUGAACAAUUACUCGGAGGCAGAAAUCAAAGUCCGGGAAGCCACCUCCAAUGACCCGUGGGGCCCAUCCAGUUCUCUGAUGACCGAGAUCGCCGACCUGACCUACAAUGUGGUGGCCUUCUCGGAGAUCAUGAGCAUGGUGUGGAAGCGGCUCAAUGACCAUGGCAAGAACUGGCGGCAUGUGUACAAGGCGCUGACCCUGCUGGACUACCUCAUCAAGACAGGCUCCGAACGUGUGGCCCAGCAGUGCCGUGAGAACAUCUUCGCCAUCCAGACCCUGAAGGACUUCCAGUACAUUGACCGAGAUGGCAAGGACCAGGGCAUCAAUGUGCGUGAGAAGUCAAAGCAACUGGUGGCCCUCCUCAAGGAUGAGGAACGGCUGAAGGCUGAGAGGGCCCAAGCUCUCAAAACCAAAGAGCGCAUGGCCCAGGUUGCCACUGGCAUGGGCAGCAACCAGAUCACCUUUGGGCGAGGCUCCAGCCAGCCCAACCUCUCCACCAGCCACUCGGAGCAGGAGUAUGGCAAGGCUGGGGGUUCCCCGGCCUCUUACCAUGGCUCGCCUGAGGCCUCGCUGUGCCCCCAGCACCGCACAGGGGCCCCGCUGGGUCAGAGUGAGGAGCUGCAGCCACUGAGCCAGCGCCACCCCUUCCUGCCGCACCUGGGGCUAGCCUCCCGCCCAAAUGGUGACUGGUCCCAGCCCUGCCUCACUUGUGACCGCGCAGCCCGAGCCACCUCCCCACGAGUGUCCUCCGAGCUGGAGCAAGCCCGGCCCCAGACUAGUGGAGAAGAGGAGCUUCAGCUGCAGCUGGCACUUGCCAUGAGCAGAGAAGUGGCUGAGCAGGAAGAACGCCUCAGGCGGGGUGAUGACCUCAGAUUACAGAUGGCCCUGGAAGAAAGCCGAAGGGACACAGUUAAAAUUCCAAAAAAGAAAGAGCACGGCUCUCUCCCACAGCAGACUACGCUGUUGGAUUUAAUGGAUGCUCUCCCCAGCUCAGGCCUUCCGGCCCAGAAAGCGGAGCCCUGGGGCCCGUCGGCCUCCACUAACCAGACCAACCCCUGGGGCAGGCCAGCAGCUCCUGCGAGUGCUUCAGACCCCUGGCCAUCAUUUGGUACCAAGCCAGCUGCCUCUGUUGACCCAUGGGGGGUGCCCGCUGGAGCCAGCACACAGUCUGUCCCCAAGAACUCGGACCCCUGGGCAGCUUCACAGCAGCCUGCCUCCAGUGCCGGGAAAACAGCUUCUGACGCAUGGGGUGCAGUCUCCUCCACCAAGCCCGUGUCUGCCUCUGGGUCCUUUGAGCUCUUCAGUAAUCUGAAUGGUACAAUUAAAGAUGACUUUUCUGAAUUUGACAACCUUCGGACUUCAAAAAGAACAGCCGAAUCUGUGACCUCUCUGCCAUCCCAAAACAAUGGAACUACCAGCCCUGACCCCUUUGAGUCUCAACCCCUGACCGUUGCCUCAAGCAAGCCCAGCAGUGCCCGGAAAACACCUGAGUCCUUCCUGGGCCCCAACGCAGCCCUGGUGAACCUGGACUCACUGGUGACCAGGCCCGCCCCACCAGCCCAGUCCCUCAACCCUUUCCUGGCACCAGGUGCACCCGCCACCUCGGCCCCUGUUAACCCCUUCCAGGUGAACCAGCCCCAGCCGCUGACGCUGAACCAGCUUCGGGGGAGCCCAGUCCUGGGGACCAGCACAUCCUUUGGGCCUGGCCCAGGAGUGGAGUCCAUGGCUGUGGCCUCGAUGACCUCCACGGCCCCACACCCAGCUCUGGGGGCCACUGGUUCCUCUCUGACCCCACUGGGCCCUGCAACGAUGAACAUGGUGGGCAGUGUGGGUAUCCCCCCAUCUGCAGCCCAGGCCACCGGCACAACCAACCCUUUCCUUCUCUAGUGCCUGGCUUGGGACCCACCCAGAGCACCUGUGCUGGAGGAUGCCGAGCAGGGACUCUCGUCUGUGGGAUGGGAUCCAAGAGUUUGGGGAUUAGGGGUAUUAGGGCUUUUCAGCUCCAGCUUCCUGGUGAAAGGGCUGCCUUUACAGCCCCGACCCUCAGACCCUCGCCUUCCAAGGCGGGCCCACUUGGCCUGGCCUGCUCUCACCACCUCCUCCCAAGUACUCAGGCCCUGGCAGGGCCCCUCUGAGGCCUUGGAUGAGGAGGUGGAGUCAUCAGUGUUGCCCUUGCCCCCAGCCUCAGCCAGAGGGUCUCCAGGACGUUGCCUGUCCCAGGACUUGGGACGGUGGCCUCAUCUUUGUCCUCCCCACCCCCUAGCCCUAGGGACACCCCAGGCAGUCCUGGGUGUGGACACAAUGAAGCACCUGCUCCAUAAGACACUGACCUUUUGGGGAAGUGGUUGUGCAUAUUUUAUUUUUCUUUGACUCGUGUGAGUUCAAAGUAAACACCACCACCGUGGACAACUCUUGAAUUAAAUCCACUAGAGCGAGCUUUAAAACUAAUCUGAGCAUAACCCCCAACGUGGCUCUAUGCUUGUGUACCUUUGCACAUAUUUUGUUUAGUACAGUUUCAUAUUUGAGUUUGCAGAAUUAUCUAAUAGUCUUUUUUUGGCUAAUAUUUUUAUAACGUGGUUCUUAUUUAACUGUCUAGUUUUGAUAGAAUUUACCAGGUCUGGCUGAUUGAAGAUAUUGGCACGUGUUAUUUUAGUGGUUUAAAUCCUCUUAUUUAUGGUUUUAACUCUAAGAAAAUUUUAAAAGGAAGAGAUGUUUGGAUGACAAAAAAAAAAUGCCUUAUUGAAAAACUAAAGCAAAUUCUUUAUAGGAAGAAAAUAUGGGAAUUUGAUUACACAUAGAUGAUGUUUAUUUAAAAAAAAAAAAAAAAAAAACUACAACAGCAACAAAAAAUCCUAGCCUCCAGUUGCCUUUUCCUUUCUUUAACUCCUGUUUUUGGUGAAUUACUAAACUGAUUGACUUUCAGCCUUUUUGGGUAGAUCCUGAGCGAGAGGCUAUUUUUCUUACUGAUAUACCAACAUCCUGAAAGUUAAAGAAAAAAACCUAAUGUAUGAAUGUGACUCACCAGUUUUUAUCAACUAAUUCCUUUUUUUAAUUAAAGGCAUGCAGGGAUUAACAAGGACUUCUGUUUACAAUGGAAAUCUGAAAUGGAAGAAACAUCUUUAACCUUGUUUGUCUGUGAUCUCCUCUGUCUUAAUCCACGCUCAGGCUAAAGAUGGGGAUAAUGUGGAAAUGGCAGUUGUCCUGAGGGCAUGGGGGUGGGGGUGUUUCUGUGCCCACGGGUCCCUGGGCAAUAGUCCCUAGGCUAAGACGGGAGUGGGGGCCUAAGGGACCAGGGCUGGCCCUGAUCCACCUACCUGCUAACUCCAGACAUUAUUUUUAAGUUGGAGACCUAAAAAUAAUUCUCUUGUAUUUUGGAGAUGAAGAAAAAAGUCAUUCACCCGGGACAGAUUUUUAACAAACAUGCGUUAAUAUUACCUCCCUCUUCUAAACUCCUGCUGUCCUCACCUCACCCACCACUGUAAAAGUAUUACGUCAUGCAUUAAAGACCAGAAAAAACUUGCUUUUACCCAGGGAAGAGACAUUCCCCCAAUCCUGUGUCUGGGCAGCUUGCCUGGUGGACGUUUCUGGCCCCUUUUCCACCAUGGGAAUUUCUCACCUCCAGUUCUAAGGGCAGCCGACCACCUGCCAGCCCCUCUCUGGUUCCAGAAGAUCUAACCCUUCGCACUAGUGUAGGAGAGAUCUUAAAUGGUCUCCGGGCUGCUGGGACAUGCAGGCUGUGAGUGAGGACUGCACCCACUCAUGCUGUUCCUGAGGCCGACCUCUCCAGUCCCAGGAGCCAUGUAUAGAGUUCCUGACCAGCCACCCUCUGCCAGAACUGCAGGCCUGGGGCUGGGCCUUAGGCUCCCGCUGCCAUUCGGGUAAGCCGGUGGCUGGUCUCUUCUGCCGGGGGAAGGGUGGGUGGGGAGGUGCAGUGGGAUGGGAGGCGGGAUGCUUGCCCAGAAAGGUGCUUUCCUUCAGAUGGUGCAGGGUCUGGGCCAGCCUUACAGGUCAGUAGACCAGACUCGACUACUUGGGGUCAGUGAUUCUUUUGUAACAGAAGAGCCCUUCAUGACACGACUUUGAGGCCCCAACAUGACAGCCACUGGGCCACCAGGACCCAAGAAGACAGCCCCCCACCCCAUCUUCUGGCACAGGCCAUCCCGAGUGCAUGUCCCUGUUGCCCACUGCACUGAUCAUGAAGCCACCGGCCACUGCCACGCGUGUUGGCGCCUGUGCCAUCAUGCUCCCUCCUGAUGGGCACUGUGGUGGAGGAAGUCACCCAGCUGUUUCUCAGUCCCAGAGGCCGGUGGCUGGUUUUGAACUUGUGUUGACUGUUGAUACUUAUUUACUGUAUAAAUAUAAUUUAUCAUUUGUACCAUGA